AUGGAUUUUUGUCUGCUAUACCGACCAUUGAUAUUGUUUGCUUUAACGCAAAGUGCUGUCUCGCUAUAUUGCAAAGGUGGAACUGUAGAUGAAGGCUACUUGAACGAGUUCAAAUACUGUACAGUAGUACAAGGAGACUUGUUUUUUGAUCAAAAAUCACUCGAUGAUGCUGCAAAACUGGGUUCUUGUCUGGAUUUUGUUCGAACAGUCGAAGGACGUUUAGUAUACAAAGGAAUCAAUAGCGAAUUGUCUCCAUGUCUCCGAAGUCUGAGGAAGAUUGAUCACUCGGAAGAUGGUCCAGCAAUAGAGCUUGAAAACAACAAAGGAUUGACAUCGCUGAGCCUGAAUCAAGUGAAAGAAAUAAAAAAUAAAGACAGAAUCGUGUUCAAGGUCCUCAACGACGACUACCUCGCAAAUACAACUACGUCCGAACUGAACUCGCUUAUUAGUGCAGCCGGUGGUUCCGACACUGAUUGCAUGCGACUUUUUUAUGUGAGGCAAAAUAAUAAGGGAGUGAGUCCAUAUUUUUGGUUUUUCCUAAUCUAUGGUUUGGUCUCAGUGUUCGUAUAUGUUGCAAUUAUAUUAGUGCAUGUAUUCGUGCGACCACAUAUCCCUAAAGGACUUCAAACUAUUCCAACGUGGCGAUCACGAUUAUGGCGGAGUGUAAAGAGCAAAUCUGUAAGCUCUUUCAAGUCUUUCAAAUCUUUGAAAUCUUUCCGGAUGUCGAAGUCAGCACCAUCAACACCGGCAAAAUCACCAAAAUCACCAUGA